GAUGGAGCAACACCUUUUCAACCCUCAUCAGACCCAUUAAACCCUGGGAUUCUGCAGCAUCGUCCCCUGAAGAUGCAGAAAAUUCAAGUACCAGUAGUUUGGAGGUGAAAGAGAAUCAGGAUGAGAAAACCCUGGAGGAGCAGGACUUUUUAAGAAAAUAUCAUCCCUCAACCUUUUGCACUUUUUCUAGAUGUGAACAAAGAACAUUAAAGAGGCAGCAGCUCCUGGUGGAUGGAAGGGACGGACAGCUCCACCAGAACCACUUGACUAAAAGGUCGUCCUGGGCAGUGGCUCAGAAGAGCGCGGUGGUUCAGCUGAAUGAGUUACGACCAGGUCUGAGGUAUGAGAUCGUGUCAAAAACUGGCCCACUGCAUGCCCCGGUGUUCUCUGUAGCUGUGGAGGUUAACGGUUUUCACUUUGAGGCUCGAGGACCCACCAAAAAACAGGCAAAGAUGAGGGUCGCCGAGCUGGCUCUCCAGUCCUUCGUCCAGUUUCCCAACACCUCCCAGGCUCACACCACCAUGGAGAGGUUCACCAGCACAGCUGUGGACUUCACAGCUGACAAACUGGAGCUGCCUGAUGCCUUCCUCACAGGGUUUGAAUCCUCGCUGCUCGGAAACUACAACCUCCUUCACUGCGAUACAACGAAGACCGAGGUCCGAACCCACAUCUACAGUCCCAAACGGACCAUUCAGUUCACUCUGGAUUUAGUUUCCUCAACAAAUCCAAGGAGACCCCCUGUCAGCACCGCGCUGUUGAAGCACCUGAGUCCAGUAGCGUUGCUCAGUGAGCUGAGACCAGGACUCAGAUACACGUGUCAGGUUGAAAAGGUUCACGGCAGACCCAUGAGGAAUUUUAUUAUGGUGGUCAGGCUGGAGGGGAGGGUGUUCGAGGGCUGUGGUCACAGUAAAAGACGGGCCAAAGCUCAGGCAGCAGCAGAAGUCCUGCAGUCUCUUUACAGCACAAGUCUGGGACCAGAGAGGGACCUGAUGGGCCUCCAGGGAAGCAGGACCAAAAACCAGCUGCCUCAGUUCUUCACAGACUCCAUCUCCCACUUAGUGAAGGAGAAAUACUCCCAGCUGACUGACAGCUGCUCCUCUACCUCACAGCUUCAUCACAAGGUUCUGGCAGGAGUGGUGAUGACCAGAGGUUUUGACGUCAGAUCAGCCCGGGUCGUGUCUCUGGCCACAGGGACAAAGUGUCUGAACCUGGACCACCUGGGUGGGCUYGGCUGUUCUCUCAGUGACUGCCACGCUGAAGUCCUCAGCCGACGAGCGCUGCUUCGGUUCUUCUACAACCAGCUGGAGCUGCUGCUGCGUAAGCCAGCAGAGAGCGAGGAACAAUCGGUGUUUGUACCAAACGAUGGCAGCGCUGGAAGCUUCAGGCUGCAGGAUGGUGUCCUCUUCCACAUGUACGUCAGCUCGUCACCCUGUGGAGACGCUCGACUCAACUGCCCCUACGAGACCACAGCUGCACAUCCCAGCAGAAGGUUCUGCUCUCACCUCAGAGUGAAAGUGAGCGGUGGAGAGGGCACGCUGCCCGUCACAGCACAGACAGCCAAUCAGGAAUGGGAUGAUGAGUCGCAGGGUAAACCUGUCACCAGCAUGUCCUGCACUGAUAAAAUAGCUAAGUGGAGUGUUGUGGGCCUCCAGGGGGCUCUGCUGUCUCACCUGGUGGAGCCGGUUUACCUGAGCAGCCUGACGGUGGGAACGCUGAGCCACACGGGUCACCUGGGCAGAGUCAUGGCACGCCGCCUGGCGCCCGUCAAACGCCUGUCCCUGCCCUACCGGCGACAGCAGCUGCUGCUUGGCUGUCUGAGCAGCCGGGAGGUUCAGCCUGCAGGGAAGUCCUCCAAUACGAGCCUGAACUGGAGCUCCGGUGAUGGAGGCCUGGAGGAGGUCAGCACCUCCACAGGGAGGAGACAGGAUUCAGGGACUCCGUCACGGCUCUGCAGACGCUCCCUGUUCACCUGCUGGCUGAGGCUGCAGGAGAAGUUAAACGGACCUGCUUUUGGCCCUGAAGGCACCACAGUGAUGUAUUCUUCUUCCAAGAUGGCCGCCGGGCGUUACCAGAGGGCGGUGCAGCGGUUCAGCARCUCUCUGCAGGGUGGAGGUCUGGGAACAUGGGUCAGAAAACCACCAAGGUUCAGCCACUUCAGUGUCAGUGUGUGAAAAACUGAGUCAGAGGCUGAAAACAACAAAGAAGAAAGGAUUUAACUUGAAACUGUUUUUAUUUUAAGUCAAAUUUGGACCUUGUGUUCAUCUGCUGCUGAGGCUGAGGCAACAUUAAACACUGUUAGGGAGAAAAAAUGCCUCAUUUUAGAGAAUGUAACAGGUAAUUUGAGUUUUACAGCUUUUUGUUAKCAAACUGCACGUCUCUGACAGACACUGCUGAUGUGAUUCUAGAUAAAAUGAUGAGUCAAGGUUUGAUUUAGCUGCUUCUGUGAUCAGUGUUAGAUAAAAAAAACAAGAAUUACAUUUUGGAUAAAUGAGCAUAACGUUGUGAUGUUUCCCAGAGUUUUAAAGCAUCAAAUCUUUGCAAAACUGUCUCUUCCUGAUCCUCAUAAACCAGACUUCAACCUCUGAACCUGAAACUUUCCUCAACUGAACCAGCGUUUGUCCCAAACUGGGAGAAAUGCUUUAGUAAUGUGAUCCUGUGAGCAGAUUUAUUUAUUUUUUGUUUCUUUAAAAUAAUUUGUGUUCAUGAAGUAACUUAACCCUGUUUGUUUUUAACCCUUUAGUGAAGUGUUUUUAAGAAUCUCAGGAAAGUGAGAGCYUGCUGCCAUCUACAGGCAGAGUCCAGGAAUUGUUUGUGUUUUUCCCUUCAUGUCGUCUCUUUUAGACAUUUAAAUUAAUCACAGAAAUCCCUUAGUUUGUUCUGUACCACCUGGUGUUUGUUUAUGAAAACCUUCACAUUAUUUUCUGUUGAAAUCCUCUUUAUAAUUA